CUGAACAUAAACCUCAGCAAAAUAAUAUUUUUACCACACACACUCACACACAGUUGUCUUUUCUGAGACUCCUCUUCAUCUCUCUCUCUUCACUCUCCACAAACAGACACAGAGUAAGAUUUGCCUGCACCAAAGUCCUGAAAGUCUUCGUUUUUCACAGUCCCACUCAACACCACUCCAAAUGGGACUUUCUGUACACUUCUGAAAAAACCCCAUUUCAUAUGAAGAGCUCAAGAUCUUGUUUUUUCUUUUCAGUUUCUACCAAAAUCCCAUAAAGCUACAGUCUUUAUCGGAAAUCAAGAAUCCCAAUGAAACAAUGGAGCACAGCAGACACAGACUCAUACUAAUCAUCGUCCUAACCUCGUUAUCAGCCUCAGUUCUUUUUUCCAUCUUACUCUUUUGUUUCCUGAGAAGAAAAACAAGAAAUCUGCCUACAGACAGAGAGGCCGCGUUUCGGUGUAAAGAAGAAGAGCCGGCGAGCAAUGGGGAUCUGAUUAAAUUUCAGGGCGGCGAGAGUCUGAGCGUUCAGGUGAUUCUAGAAGCGCCCGGUGAGGUUAUUGGGAAAUCUAGCUACGGGACGCUGUAUAGGGCUUGUUUGGAUGAUUCGAAUUCGCUUGCUUUGCUUAGGUUCUUGAGGCCCACUUGCACGCUGAGGGUAAAGGAGCUGGUGCCGAUUGUGGAGCUGUUUGGGUCCGUAAGGCAUCCGAAUUUGGUGCCUUUGAACGCUUUUUAUGCGGGGUCUCGAGGGGAAAAACUGAUGGUUCAUCCCUUUUAUGGAAAUGGGAAUUUGGCUCAGUUUAUCAGAGAUGGCAACCCUGAGGCCCACAAAUGGCCCACCAUUUGCAGAAUCGCGCGUGGCAUUGCGCGUGGGGUCCAUCACCUCCACACGUUCUUCGAUAAGCCCAUAAUCCACGGCAAUCUCAAGUCAAAGAAUAUUCUCCUCGAUCGCCACCUCAGCCCUUUUUUGUCCGAUUACGGGCUUCACCUUCUCGUGAACCCAACUUCGGGCCAGCAGAUGCUCGAGGCCUCAUCCUCUGAGGGGUACAAAGCUCCCGAGCUUAUCAAGAUGAGAGAAGCUUGCAAGGAGAGUGAUGUGUACUCCUUAGGGGUGAUUUUGCUUGAACUUUUGACGGGUAAAGAGGCAGUCGAUGGUAGCCCAACUCCUGAUCGAGAUUUUCAUCUGCCGAGUGCUGUGAGGAGCGCGAUUCUUGAUGACCGUAUUGCAGAAUUGUACAGCUCGGAAAUUCUUGAAGGGCUGAGUGAGGAUCGGAGGGCGGCCGUUGAGGAUGGUGUUUUGAGAUACUUCCAGCUGGCGAUGGCUUGCUGUUCGCCUUCCCGCGUGCUGAGGCCCGACAUAAAGCAGGUUCUCGACAGGCUUGAGGAAAUUUGCAAGUAAAAAGAUCCUCAUUAUCGUUUUUUUUUUUUAUUAUUAUUAUU